AUGCAAGCGCGGAGAACGUCAUCAGCUAGCGCAGUUGGCGAAUUCUUUGAUCACGCUUUGGAUACGUGCAAAGUACUCCCAUUCACCAUGACACUGUUUGCGCCUUUCGACGAGAGUGAUUCCCGCAUUUCACCCUUAUGCUCGCUAAUGUUGCUGAUUGAAAUGCUCACUUCUUACACACUUACCUUCUGGGAACAAUACGUCACCAAUAUCUUACAUAUUAGGUGGUGCUUUGAAGGACUAUAUGCUUGUUCAACUCACUCAUUACGUCGUCCCAUUUCAAUCAUCAAUGAGUUGUAUGGCGUGGUGGCGUAUUUGCUCUAUUCUGCUUUGAGCAGUCUGUGGCACAAUAAAAUGGGGCGCUUUUCAGAUGGCUCACGUGCUGCAUAUAUUAGCCUACUUCGAUGGCUACAAUUUGGUCACAGCCACAGUGUCAUCUACUCCAUACAACCAAUUGUUCCGACCAUUGAGCUGAAUGUGGCCGCACUGUUGUGGGCGCUAUUUUCACCGGGUCAAAUACUUUUCCUUGAUUUGCCUGUUUUCCUAUUUACUGUUGCGACAGUUAAUGCGAAUAUUAUUAGUCGGCUGAUAAUCUCCCACAUGAGCAAUUCCCGUGCUCAAAUGUGCAACACAACAGUAAUGCUGUACUGUGCAGCUGCGCUGAUGUCAAUGUCCAAUAUUUUGAGUGCAUCUGAGGAAUUAUUCUUGCUGAAACUCCUCGCUGUGUUCUCGUUUCUUGCAUACGUGCAUCAUUUUUACUGCGUGGUCCGGGAAAUGUCCGCAAAAUUGCAAAUCGAAGUUUUUUCUUUGGGCUAUUUGAAAAGACGUAGUACGAGGAAGCAAGGAUAA